AUGUCCACCAUAACAGACGCACCGAACGGGGCGCCCCCCGUGGCGCCGUUGAUCGCGUCCGAAACGCCAGCAUCCAGAUCCGGGACCGCAUCAUCAUCCCGAAGCCCCAACAUGACGCCCGGCCCGUCCAACACGGCCAGCCCACCCCUCUCAUCGGCGUCCUUCCCGGCUUUCCCGUCCCUCCCUUCCACCACAUCCGUGUCCCGGCCGCCACCCUCCCACUCGGCCUCGCACUCCAUCUCCUCCCCCCGCACAGCAGCCAUGUCUAUGUCCACCUCCGCCUCUCCGCCCACCACAGCCACAACCCCCGUGUCCGCGCCCGCGCUCAACCCGAACCUACCGUCGCAGUCAACCCAGAUGCACAUCGCCGAGGCGCGCGCAGCCCUCGUGGCUUCCAUGUCGAACCUUCUGGACUCGGAGCUGCAGGGGCGGGCGGCGCUGUUGCAUUCCAAUGCCGCGGCUUUGGCGAAACAGGAAAAGGAUGUGGCGAAAGCUACCGAAGGACUACGGAAGGAGAAUGAUAAGUUGGCGAAGGUGGCAAGGGAUGCGGGGCGGAAGAUUAAGGAGACGGGGAAUGUGCAGAAUUGGGCAGAAGUGCUGGAGAGGGAUUUUUUGGUUUUGGAGGAGACUUUGCGGUUGGUCCGGGAGGGGAGUGACGAGGGUAGCGAAGCUAGUUGGUCGGGAAGUUAUAGUGGGAGUGGGAGUGGGAGUGGAAGUGGAAGUGAGUGUGAAGGAGGGAGUGGAAGGAGGAGUAGAACGAGGAGUAGACGGAGGAGCGUGGUUAGUGGGGUAGAGGACUUUUUGGCGAGGGGGAAGCAGGAUAUCGACGGUGGUGCGGGUAAUGAGGAGCCGGGCAUGGAUAAGGGCAAGGGGAUCGAUGAAGUUGUCGAGGAUGCAGCUAUGGAUGAUGUUGUUGGUUCAGAGGAACUAGACCAGGGCCGUGGUGUGAUUGGGUACAUGGCUCCGCCGAUCAAGGCUGGGGAUCGUGAUGUGUCGAUGGACGCGGAUGCUGCCGGUGAACGAGAGGGCGCCUUUGCGAGUGUGAACGAUGCCAUUGUGGCCAGUAUCAGAGAAGCUAUGGAGACGAGUGUCGACGACAGAUCGGCGCCGGAGCCAGGAACUGAACUGCACUUAGAGGGUAAGGGCAAAGGCAAGGGCAAGGAAUUUGCCACGAAAGCAGAGGCAAUGGAUGUUGAUGUGCCUGAGGCGUCGGAUCGUGCGUUAGGAAUUGGUCAGCCGAAACUGCUGAAGGGAGAAGAAGCAUUGGAAAACCACGGAGUGUUUGAGUUCACGGCCGCGUCCGCGUUGCCAGUCACAUGA